CUGAUUAAACGAUUAAAGUGUGCGAGCGCAAAUCACGAUAUCAUUGUUAUGUAUACAGGCCAUAAAUCAGAAAAGGGAUACAAAAUAUUGGGGCGCCUUUGGAAAUCUUGAAAGAUGUCGAAGGUAAUCAUGCUAGGUAUAAAGGUCGGUAUCCUGACCGUGGCGAUCCUAGCAGCCGUUCUCUGUGGCCUUCUCAUCCCCAAUAAGGAAGACCAACGACGCGACUACCUACUUGUUUUCAACGACGACGUUGUCGAGAUAAAAAAUGCUGAAGAUGUUAGGAUGAUAAAGGGGCAAGUCGGAGUGAUGUUUGAUGACAGUGAUGCCCAACAAACACAAUGCACAAAGGAAAAUUCGGUUGUCGAAUGCUUCGAAUGGCCAUCGGUUGCCAAGUUGGAGGUUCGCAUCGAAGAAGACGAGAAUGUUACCUGCCACAAUUUUCAAUGGAGAGCUUCAGCAAAGAACAUCAUCCUACAAGAUUGCUACGACUUCGACGACGCUCACUGGUACGGUGGAGCAGCCAUCUUCAACCAACACUGGCCAAUCAACGAAUGGAACGAACCCAUGACUAUUUUUGGCUCGGCUAAUAUGUAUCGGAAUCCGACUUGGUAUGGUUCUCUUGUAGAACGAUACUUUGUGUCUUCGAAAGGUGUCGGUGUAAGGGUGUCCCACAACACACCUUUGUACGUGAGCAUCAACGCAAGCAAUGAUGGUAGGAUCUGCUUCAGAGGGCAGCAUCCUCUCGAUGAAGACUCUUAUACAGCAUACCCCAAUCCCAACAAUGAACCGCCUAUUCUGGAUUAUAAGGUGUGCACCGCCAAAGAUAUCGUAACCGUCCAUGAGCACAUGACAAAGCGGUUUGUGAAGAAGCCAUCCGGUAUGCCGGAUACCCGGAUGAUGAGAUCACCUGUCUGGUCUACAUGGGCUCGUUACAAAAAGUUCAUAACUAAUGAUACCGUAUUAGCUUUUGCACAUGAGAUAAUUGAUAACGGUUUCAACAACAGCCAGAUAGAGAUAGAUGAUGGUUACUCUUACAGAAACUUUGGAGAUUUUAUUUUUGAUCCCGUGAAGUUCCCUGAUCCUAAAGGAAUGACAGAUGAGUUACAUGACCUCGGUUUCAGGGUCACUCUUUGGAUCACGCCAUUCGCCAACCAGGAUACAGAAGCCUGGAGAGUUGGCGACUACAAUGACUACUGGGUGAAAGAUUCUAAUGGAAAUACUGCUGAAGUCUUUUGGUGGAACGGACCACGAGCUGGGAUGAUCGAUGUCACAAACCCAGAAGCUGUUGAUUGGUUUGUAGGAAGGCUCAAACAAGCGAAGGAAGAUUACGGUAUUGAUUCCUUCAAAUUCGAUGCAGGUGAAACACAGUAUCUUGGCAGUUACCACACCAAGGAGCCUUUGAUCAAUCCUUGUGAGUACACAACAAAGUGGGUUCAGCUCGCAGGACAACUAGGAUCUCUGAUAGAGGUUAGGUCAUCCUUUGAGAAUCAGGGACAGCCAACAUUCUUGCGCAUGAUGGACAAGGAUUCCCACUGGGGCUGGGACAAUGGUCUGAAGACACUCGUCACUACUGCCCUUACAUACAGUGUGCUUGGUUAUUCUUACGUCUUACCUGAUAUGAUUGGAGGCAAUGGGUAUCCCUUCUUUUCUAUCUUUCCUGAUCGUGAACUCUACGUCCGAUGGCUACAGAUAAAUGCAUUCCUCCCCGCUAUGCAAUAUUCAAUUUCUCCCUGGCAGUAUAACGACACUGAGAUCGUUGAUAUUGCUCUUCGAUGGACAAGCUUUCACGAGAACGUCAUCACCCCGAAGAUGAUCGGACUCGCCGAGACGGAAUAUAUCAAAGAAGGGAAGCCUUUGGUUCGACCUUUGUGGUGGAUAGCACCAACUGAUCCUGAAACCUUCACCAUCGAUUCACAGUUCCUCGUCGGAGAUGACAUGCUGGUGGCGCCUAUUGUAGAUCAAUAUGCUCGAUCACGUGAUGUGUAUCUUCCAGAUGGCCAAUGGAGGGAUAUGAUCCAUAAUACUAUGCACGAAGGGAGGGCUUGGCUUCGGGAUGUCAGCUGUGAGUUGGGUGAAAUUCUUUACUAUACCAACCAGGAUGAUUAAUUGUUUUGAAACUACAAACAAUGCACUGCUUCCGCAAAAUUGGAAAAUGAUGAUCGUUCUGACAAGACCCGGGAGAUUGAUUCCGACCUCUUCAAUGUUAUAUUCGAUAACAAUAGGUAACAAAUUUAAUGUCUUUCACUUCCAAACCAUUAGACGGUCAAUGGCCUAUUGAUUUCAAAGCAUAUUUUUGUUGUUCAUUCAGAAGAGAACAAAAUAUUGGUUGGAGGGCAAUCGGGUAAGGAUGAGCUUCGGAAUUGAAUUUACCAUGGACAACAUUACUUUAGUUCCUAUAACGUGCAUACAAAAUCAUUAUUCAUCCGUCAUUCGAUUUACAAACACUAUACACUCUUAAGGCAACUGUUAUCUUUUGAACUUAUAACAUUGUGCUUUUAGAUAUGCUUUAAAGAUGGCAGUCUCCUGACUGCAUUUCAAUUGACGAUAUUAUGUUUAUAUAUGUUUUCUAGUUCCUAUACAAUCAUGUUGAGGUAAUCAAAAAUGAGAAAAUUAAUAUAUUUUAAUUAGAAUUAGAAUCAUGUUAUAAUUAUAUUGGAAAACUUUUGUUUUAAUAUUGUUAUGUAAUGUUGAAAAAUGAUAAUGCUUGAAUAUGCUUUUGUUAUUGAAAUGUCGAAAUAGAAUGAUAUCAAAAUAAAGUCAAAUAUAUUAUCAUGACAUCAGUUAAUGAUUUGUUUCUUAUAUGUGCGGUAUCAUGGUUAUAUACACAAUCGAUCCCCAUCCUUCAUUCUUUCUGUACCGAAUUUAAAUGACAUCCAUCCUUUUAAAUGACAUCCGUCUUUUCUCUCUCUCUCACACACACACACAAACACCCUCUCUCUUACACAAACACACACACCAUCACCCUCCCUCGCACACCUACAUGUUGAAUCAUGGACAAAUAAAUACUAUUACAACGUAGUCAUAUAUGCAUCAUAUGAACGUGUGCCAAAAUUUGUGACAAUUGCAUUUGAAAAGUACAAAUGUAACUAAGACAGAAUGUCUCUUUUUAAUGAAAUGAUGUGACCCAAAGGUCAAUCCCUCCCAAACAAAACAUUUUUUUAAUUCAUAAUGAAAAUCAAACAAUGCUUAGAUUAAAAAAAAACUGUUGUAAAGUAGGAAAAUGUCUAUAUUCUAGUACUACAAAAUGGUUACAGGUAUGCACAAUUCGAGUAACAGCAUGUGUGAACUCACUCUUUCUUUUGUAAAUUAUAAAAUUUGAAAUAUUAAAUAUUGGGGAAAAAGAUCAGCGUGUUACAUCAUUCGCCCUCUCAUAUGCAUUUUACCAAUGAUGCAUGUGCAUAUAUAAGUAUGGUCUUAUUUAAGAGAAGUAUUAAAUUUCGUAUAUUGCGUCAAAUUUUGAUUAUUUUUCUUCACCUUUGUGUUUAUUUUUUGUCAAUUUAUUCAAAUCAAAUUGGAGAUGGCUCCUAGAUGUAAAGCCGACAUCACAUUUUAAUGAUCAUUUUUUACAUCUAUUAUGUACACGCGUAAACCAACCAUUCAAUUUGUAAUUAAAAAAACAUUGAAAACCACGUGAACAAAAUGUAUAUGAUUGCAACAUUCUUCUUUUUUAAUUGUGUGAUUGCAACAUUCCUUAUGUCAAUUAAAUUUUGAAACAGUUCAUGUACAAAAACUACCUUAGCAAUAGAGUACCGAAGCGAUGACGUCAGUUUUCAUGGUGUCAUAGCGGCCUGGUUCUAACAAAUGAACCCGCCGAAUGAAAGCGUUGUUUUUCAUAGAAGAAAAUGGCUGCUAUCGGAAUUUGAUCGCUUGCAAUCUAUUUUUCAGACGAGCCUAAGUCAUAGAAAAUCGUCAGUUGCGACUCUGUUUAGAACCAGCCCGCCAUGACGUCACACUUUGGCUCUCUAUAUUAGUAAUUUAACAAAAUAUAUUUUUCAACGUAAAAACUACGAUAUGUAAAUUCACAAUGUUUUUGUUCUCGUUUAAACGUGACCGAUGCAGUGUCAGAUACAUAUGCAAUGCCAAGCAUAUAGUCAGAUACAUAUACAAUGCCAACCUAAUAGUAAAUACAAUAAUUCUCUUUCUAGUAAUAGUUAUAUUCAUAUAGUUAUACAUAAACUACAGAAGUUAAAGUUUGCCACGAAAACAUAUACAUAGUAAAUUGAUCUAUAUACAUACGUAUAUGCGUUUAUCAGCCAGUUAUCAUAUAUAUAACGUCUAUAAGGAUGCGCCCUGUAAUUACGAUUGAUCAUAUUAUUGUAAUUUUGUUCGGGAUAAAGACC